GUUGUAAUCAGCGGUGAGAACAAAUUUGGCCUUGAACAGCUGCUAACUCGUAGAGAUGGUAUUUCGUAGAGAUGUUAAGUACCAGAUUGCUAAAAAAAUUUUGAAGAAUGUUCCAAAUGAUCACUUUCUCCCGCCGCCUUAUCAGGUGUGUAAAAAUGUUUCUUUAUUUACGUGGACUCAAAGUUUCACAACAAUGCUCAGGUUUAGGAUAGACUAACAUAUUACCUAAAGUUUUCAGCAGCAUCACCGUACAUCGAAAAUACCGGUCUCUCCUGUCGCUCAAGUAGUCAAGUAGCAUCUUCUUACAAGUCCGUCUGUGCUUCUGAACUUUCCAGUUCAUAAACUAUAUCAAUUCUUGACAUUAUUAUCUUUCUCUUGUUAACGUAAUUGUGGCUCAUCACUUAUUUCAUGUUGCUACAUUUAUUCUCGAUUAUGACUCUUAAAUCUUUUCGUUUAGGUGGUUUGAUAAUCUGAACUGUGAGCCUUUCACUUAAACACAUGUUAGUUUUGUGUGGUUUAAUUAUUCUCCAAAAGUGGGGCUUUGAGAACCUACAUAUCAAAGUAUGAAAGAAGCAAUGCUGAGACGUGCUCAUUAGAACUUUUUCUACUAAGAUUGAGAUUAAAAAUUAAAGCGUUUGUCGUAGACUAUAAAUCUACCACUAAUAUCGUAAUAACCUAACAGGCAAUCAAUAUAAAUGAUAUCCAUUUUUUCUACAAAUAUUAUAGUACAGACUUCUCAGUGACGUGUCUAUUUAUUUUAAAGGCUGUAGUGUGGGGAGCAAAUAUAUCGUUCAACACAUUAGUAAUCACUCGAUUUCAGGCUUGAGUACUGUGAUACCCGUCUCUAAAAAUAUGUAAUUUAAUAUCUUCUCUUCGUUGUCGAUAUCACGUUAAUGUAUUCCCGAUACGUUGAAUGUUCACGGCAAUACUUAGAGUGGUCUGUGAUUCUGUUUUUCCAGCGUCUAAUGUCCGUCAGUAAAUGAUGUUUUUAUCCAUAUAUUUUUAGUUACCAGUUAAACUUUGGAGCAGUGACUUAGAUUUUGAGACGUUAACAUACUAAAAACUACAUUUUGAUAAACACUUUACGUUGAAAACAAUUUUACUAUUUACAAAAACGGUCUGUACUGGUGAUCAGGUUACAUCUAGGUUUUUCCCCAUAAGCAUUCAAUCUAAAAAGGCUGUGAAGACAUUUAUUCAUGAUUAAAAUACCAUUUCCACCCAAUGUAAGCCAUGUUUUAAAGCCGAUUGCUAAAAAUUUCUUUUUCAAACAAUUUUUCAAAACAUUUCAUAUUAUUUUCGUCUGUCACUAUACUGACAUAUUUGAAAACUUGAUUCUUUUUACAUUUGUCGGUAGCAACACUAAUUCUGGGUGACUCGAAUUUGUUCUUACAAGAUUUCAAUUUUAAAAAGUGGAUUUCCUCUACAUUUUGUGUACAUGAAAAUCCUCACUUUUAGAUGAGAGUGGUCAUACUUCACAUUUUUCUGUUACAAUUGUACGUUAUGUAUUUUUAAUCAUGAUUUUAGGGCAGAAAGUAGUAGAACGUGUUAUUUUCGAAUUUGUAUUGAAAAAUGGAACAGUUAGCCCCCACACUUUCGGAAAAUGUGUAUAUUUCUGUUUGCUCAGUUUGCACAGAAUCAAUGAUUUCACACAUGUCAUAAUCCUUGUGGUUUUAAGAUAACGUCUGCUGUCCCAUUCACCAAUUAAGUACCUGUUUUUUUGUCUCAUUACUUCUUUUUGCACUACUUAUUAUAGCUAGACCUACUAGAUGCUGCCUACGAAAGAAAUACAAUUAUAUGCUCAUCAAAUGAACUGAACAAAAUGUUUUUCGUCGUAAAUCUAAUCCGCGAAAUGCGCUUCGACAAUCCGGGCAAGCAAGUAAUUUACUUCACUGAUGACGAUAAAAUGAAUUCAAUAGACAAUUUUUUUACCCACCAUACUGGAUUAUCUUGUUAUGGUUUCAAAUAUGAUGAACAAAACAACCAAAAGAAAGAUUUUGUGAAUUGGUUAACUUCUGUUGUACGGAAAUAUGAUAUUGUCCUAUUGUCACCUUGGCUGAUUCCGGUCAUCAUAAUGCUAUCCUCAGUUAGUUUUUUCUCAAAUUUUAUUCUCCAGGUAAGCUUUUUAAUUCCCUAUCAUAUCGGAAAAAUCAACACUGAAUUUUUCCGCUAAAGAUUAUUUAGCUAGAUAACCUUUAAAGUUUACACAAUGUGAUUAUCUUCAACUACCAAAUCUACAUUAAAACUUCCCAUCAGAACAGAUAUUAAAUUAGAACUCAUAGGUAUAUGUUGUGGCAGUUGUUUAUAUUAUUCGCAUUUGGAGCCUUCAAUCACAGGUUUUGGUUGUUUGAUAAAAAAUUAUCUAGGAAAUCCUCAGCUCUUGUAAGGACUCAUAUUAACAAUAAGAUAGGCUACAUAUAUUUGUACAACUGUUCUUAAAUGUAUUUAGUUCAACCUCAAGCAGCGUGGUACUUUAAAAAAGCCAUUCACUGUGAAUAGGCAAUAAUCGACAUAGUUAAUGAGUUUUUACAUUGUAAUUUCCUCAAACUCAAAUGUUGUACGAUUAGACGAAGUCUAGUAAGAUGAUAUUUUUUUAUAUUGAAGGGGUAUUUUAAUACUGAUAUUAAAGUCCUCAUAAACCCUAAACGUCAUUACUUAAAAUUUUUAUUAGUUGAUGAAUUUUUUUACUCGGUACUUCUUAAUAUGACCAGUUUUGUUUCGUGAAGAAUUAAUCUUAUCUCUCCAAAUCAUAGUCAAAAUUACCGUUGAAGUUGAUUUAAUAUAUCUGAAACAAUCUUAGGAAUAUCGAAUUACUAAAAAACUCAUUAAUACGAGUUUUGUGCCAUAAUUUUUUGUCUUUCAGUAUUCUUACCUCCUGGUAGUCGAUGAAUGUCAUAUGGUGUUAGAUUCAAGUCAUCCAUUAUCAAUAGUGUUUGGACCAAAUGGUCCGAUGCUUCAAAACACAGAAGACUUUGAACAAAUGGUUACCGAGCCAAAUAUGCGUGACUUUAAUGUAUCAGUAACCGGAAAAGUCAGAAUCUUAUGCUUUACAUCGGCCUUGUUACCCAGGGAAAUAACAGAUCCAGAAAAGGUAACCAAAAUCUAAAGACGUAGUCCUUAUAUUUUUUUCAAGUGUUUGUCUAGUCAAACCUAAAUGCGUUUUAUAGUCCCAUAUUUUUAUUUUCUUUGAAACUAUAGAUCGCGUCAUUCUGUAGGAAAAAACUGGUUAUAAAAUAAUAACCAAAGUAAUAUUCUAGUAAACAGUUUUGAGGAAAUUCUCCUUAUUAUAUAAGGCUGUGCGACAUCUGGCUUAAAUGACCAACCAUUUAUACAAUAUAUCGGAUUUUAAAUUUCAAAUACAAUACUUAUGUGUUUCACAAACUACCCAAGGUUGAAAAUGUCCCAGUCACCCAGAUCAAACUCUGUGAUAUUUAGGUUAUAUAUGUUUUCUUGGGUUUUAUUAAAUGUAUCAAGGGUUUAUACUUCUGUGAAGUUACACUGCAUAACAAAGUGGCCAUUAUUUCACACCUAAGUUUUAAAGUGCUUUUCUUUUGGUAUUAAACCAAGAUGAUUGUUGUUUUUGAGAGUUCCUCCCGAAAUCAUCUAUCGGAAUUACUGUAGACUUUAUUUAUUUAUUUGAACACAUAAAGAUUGGUAUAAAGGGGCACCGAUUACACAUGCGUCACACAAGUUCCUUGAUUUGUGUGUGGGCUAUGAUACUGCCCGAAUGCCCAAACCGAAGCAGGUGGUUUUCUUAGGGGGCCACACCCCGAGCCUUCGACCUAAAGAUCUGAUCCACAAGGCAGUGGAUCAACGUCAGGAGAUGCAGUCCCAUGGUAGCCGGUGACCAACGAUUGGUUCAUACGCCAUUUAUUCCCUCAGGAUACUGGAGCCCAUGUGUGGCAUUGAUUUGGAAUCAGGGUUUUCCAACUCCUCUUAGGAGAAUGCAAUGAGUAGAACUUCCCUGGCAUUGGUUGUAUACACGUGGCCAUUUGAGCAUUUUGAGAGGGAGAGCUGACUCUUCUUACUGUCGGCCGUACCACGGCAUUAGUGGGCAAAUGUAAUGUCGCCUAAACGUCAAAUUAGUUUUAUUGUGUUCACUUAUUAACGUAGCAUGUUUCUUGGUUUCCUAUUGUAUUAAGCUUUUCCUUAGUAUUACUAAUAAAGAACAAAGCAAUUCGUGUUAUGCAUACACUUUCCAUACUUUCCCAGAGAUUGGGAGGAUUUAUUUUCAUAUUAUCAAAAUAAAUAGAAUACAGCAAACAUGUGUAACAUUUAGUGUAUUCAUAAAUUAAUAGUGGUUUACUUUAGCUGUUAAAAAUUACAGUUCGACUCAAGUGAUGGUACGUAAACCAUCAGGCUAUAAUUAAUUUCCAAAUGUAUAAUUUGCAGUCUUAUGCUAUAUUUCUACGUAUAAUGAAGUUUGUAAAAUUCAAACAACAGUAAAUACAUGAUGUUCGGUCCUGAAGAUAGUCGCCAUCAUGGAAUAACUUCAGACGGAAAAUCAUUAAAAAUUGUCCAGUAUUAUGCAGCGGUUUUAUAUGUGCAUAAAACUAGUCACUUUCCAACGGUAUACCGAAUAAAAUAAAAACUUUUAGUACUUUCAUCAUUUAUGCUAAUUUUCACCGAAUCAACUGACUCAUCUUUCAAUUUUCGUUUAUUUACAAGCAGCACCUAACGCUAUUAUUGAGUGCUUAUCCUCAACCGCGAUUCACCACAAGACCUGAAAUUCUUAAAUUUAAUACACCAUAUUAGUCUGAGCUUUCACGUUUGUAAAAAGUCGUGAAGGAAAACAAAGACUAUUCAGUGUUACUUUGUUUUAAGUGGUCCUCUAGCUAGUCUCAGUUCGCAGUUGAAGUUUUCCUCAAUCCAAGCAGACCCUCGUAUACUAAUUAAUUCAAAUUUUUUCUGAAUUGCUGGUAAAUUUGUACGAUUUAAUGUAUAAGUAAUACCAGUCUCUCUAUCUUUAUUUUUCAAAAGGCACGAUUACGCUUGCAAACACUUGAAAAAAGAACUAGUUGUCAACUUGAAACUGCUUCAGAGUUAUUAACUAUGCUUUCACUAGGUGCGAGACCCCAAGAACGUGUUAUAUUGUGUUCCAAAUCGUCCUCAACUGCUGCAAUACCUUUCCAUCAGUUUAUGUUAGGAAUCUUUCGAGAGAUUAAAGAAUUCAUCAUCGAUAUAGAAUCCAAUCUAUCUUUUACAAAGAGUUCAUUAAUAGGUGAUUCUACAUCUGUGGUUAUUAAUUCUGGAGGUUUUCGUGUUUGUGUACUUGACUAUUGUAAACGUGCUAUAUCUCAGUGCGAAGAAAUAUUAAAUGAAUUAGGCUUAUGGUGUGCUGCACAAAUUGUUCGGGUAUUUGCUAAACACCUAAUUGCAUUAGACCGACAACGUAGUGAAGUUUUUAAAAACUGUGAACCGGUGAAUAAUGAAAAACAAAAAGAAGAUAAAGAACAAAAUUCAUCUACUUGUAGAUCAUCAUCAUACAAAGCAGACGUACUUAAAGAUACUGAAUAUUCAAUUACUAUACCUAAAAUAAAUGAUACUGAAAAUCGUAUAUCUUAUCUUUUACGUCAUACUGUAACACAGAUGUGUUUUCUUAGUCGUUUAUUUCAAAUGGAAUUCGAUUCGAUAUUAACGUUGGAAGAAUUUCGACGUAUGAUAUCGCCUAAGGUAUUAAACCUUAUUGAACAACUGAAAUUGUACAAACCAAGUAUGAAUUUUCGUAUAGAAGUAGCUGAAUUGCCUACUACUAAAAACUCACCGAUAAUUACCACAAACAAAAAAUAUCGAAAGGGUGGAAGUCGACAACGUGGUGGUCGUUGUCAAACAUCCAAAAUGUCAAAUUCAUCUUCAUUGUCGUCAAUGGGUUUCAUCUCAUGUGAUGUAGAUUCAUUGUCCGAUAGUAUGUCAGAUACAAUGAGUAGUUUAUCAGACGAUGAUGAUGAUACACGAAGUGUUCGUAGUUUAAAUUCUACGAAAUCUCGCCUUUCUACGCAAUCCAUGAAAAAUUUGAAUUCAUCAUCCAAAAGUCGUAAACGUAAAAAUAGAUCGAACUCUUUAAUUAAUUCGUUCAAUUUACACGAUCUUCAUUUUGUUCCCGCAUCUACACUAAACAAUGGCGGUAUUAGACCAGAUGUUGAUCCUUCCACAUUAGUUUAUCGUGCUGUUUUGAAUACUGAUAAUCGACACAAUAAAAAUUAUAAUCGUUCAAAAUUCACAGACCAAGAAUCAUCUGAUAUGACUGCUUCUACAAACAAUAAUAACGAUAUCUCAUUUAAUCGUCUCUGUGGUUUAAUAUUAGUCCCAUGUCAAUUCUCAGCUUAUGCAUUAUCUCGUUUGAUUGAUGAAUUAUGUAUAUGGGAUGUUGAUUUGUAUUUUAUUAAAAUUGGUCAUUUAUUCUGUCGUCAAACUUUAUUAAAAGAGGAUAAUGAUUUGUCAACAACAACAAAUCAAACAUUGAAUAAAACAAAACAUGGUGCAAAUUUUAAUUCAUAUAAAACACUUGUAAAAUUUAGUAAUGAACCUGUGAAUAAUAAUGAUUCUUCAACCAAUAAUAAUAAUAAUAGUAAUUGUCGUAAUCCAUUCUCUGUUAGUCAAGAAGAAACAAUAACUAAUUUUCGUCGUGGUGCUAUCAAUUUACUAGUAGCUACUCAGGCAGCAAUUUCAACUGUAACCACCAGUGGCACUGAAUUGCCACGUUGUAAUUUAGUUAUUGCAUUACGUUUACCGAAUAGUUUAGCUGAAUACUUGUCCAGUAAAGCCAGAUCAAGAUUGGUUAAUUAUGGUGCAAAGGUUAUUUAUCUUAUGGAUCACGAUUCUAUUGAAAAGAUUAAUAAUAAUAAUAAUAAUAAUAAUAAUAAUAAUAAUAAUAAUAAUAAUAAUAAUAAUAAUAAUAAUGCAAAUAAAGAGUCAAAUUUAAAUGGUAAACAAAACAGGACAAAACAAAAAGAUAAUCUUUCUGCUGUUGAUUCAAUGUAUAGUAAUCAUAUAAAUGAUCAAUUUUUGGGCAAUUUUCAACAACUUGAACAAUUGUUACUUCAACGAUGUAGAGGUUAUGAUGUCUUUGCAGAUGAACAUGCAGUUGAUCCAACGGUAGUUGACAAAAUUCUACCGCCAAUUUUUCCUCGUGGCCCACGUGGUCCAAAAUUCUGCUUAUCGAAAGCAAUCAAUGUGAUCAAUCAAUACUGUGCUCGUCUUCCUAGUGAUUAUAUAACAAAUUUAACUCCGAAAUGGUAUUGGAAAAUAUUUCCCCAACCUCAAGGUUUCACUCCUUCAUUAACUGGUCCAGGAUCAACCUGUGGUUCACUUAAAGAUUUACAACCUAAUGGAACGUUUAAUUUAUAUCAAUGUGUUUUACGACUACCAAUCAAUAGUUCAGUAAAAGAGACAAUAGUUGGUGAACCAAUGGUGUGUAAGAAACUAGCCAAAUAUUCAGCUGCCUUCAAUGCUAUUCACCUUUUAUACUUAAGUGGUGAAAUGGAUUCUAAAUGGGAAUUAAUUAAUCGUGAAAUUAAUCCUAUGCAUCAUUUAACAAGCGAAAGUUAUGAUAAUUUGAAAUUAUCUUCUCAACACUCUCCAAUGAAAUGCAAAUCAUUUUCCCCUUUAAACGAUUCCGAAUCAGAUUAUGGGGAUUAUGCAUCGUCAAUUGGUUUUUGUGAAUCAGCCGAUGAUGAAGAAGGUGAAAUAAAGUCGAACAUACAAAAUUCUGUUAAACGAAGACAAUAUUAUUAUCGUAAAUUCCCUACUCAAAUGUCCAAUUGUUUACCUCAACCUAAUGAACCUUCGUCAAGUUAUCUUUAUUACAUUGAUAUGCGUUUGGUUAAACCGUUUGCAGAACAACAAUAUUUACGCGGUCGUGUAUGUCAUCAUCCUGAAGAUGAACCGAUAGGCUUUGGUUUACUCACUACCAAACCACUACAUCAUAUACCUAUAUUUCCAAUAUUUAGUAGAUCUGGUGAAGAAAAAAUUCGUUUUAUUGAAUUAUGGUCACCAAAAUCUAAUUAUCAAUUCAAUGAUCAAUAUUUACCUAUUCAAAGUCCUAUUUUAACACAAGAACAAAUUGAUCAACUCAUUAAAUUUCAUCGUAUACUAUUCCAGGAAGUACUACGUUUUGAAAAAGAUUCCGUUCUGGAGUUUAAUUUUCAUAAAGCCUAUUUACAAGUCCUUGUGGUACCCACUAGGCGAGAUACAUGUUCAAUUGAUUGGGAUUUCAUUAAUUUAGUGCUUACAUCAUCUUGUGAUAAAUCUACAUGUCAUCUAUUACCACGUAGAAUGAAUGAAAUAUCUGAAGAAGAAUGGAAAGAGCACACUGAUCAAAUUAAAUUACAAGCUGGUGUUGUUACUAGUAAUGGAUCAGGUAAAACAUUUAACAUUAGCAACACCCAUCAUCAUCAUAAUCGAACACUUGGUGGUGACAGUGUUGCAUCAAUCCUAGUGAAUCGUUUACAAAAGUCAGGUAUUGUUGAGUCAAAUCCAGUUAAUAAUAAACCGGGUAUAUUUGAAUUUCGUAUGGAAGAAUUCAUCAACGCUGUGGUUACACCUGGUUAUCGAAAUUUAGAUCAACCGCAAUAUUAUUAUGUUUCAAUAAUAAGAAAUGAUAUGAGUCCGCUAUCACCAUUUCCAUCGGAUAAGUUUCGUAAUUUCGCUGCAUACUAUAUUAACAAAUAUAAUGCUUUAAUUACAACAAAUAAUCAACCAUUGUUGGAUGUUGAUUUGACAGUAUUGCGAUUGAAUUUAUUAAUACCACGUUAUAUGAAUAUAUAUGGACAUAAUAAUACUAAUGCUAGUAAUAAUAAUAAUGGUGAUACUAAUCAUUCCAAAUCUUCUAAUAAUGUUUAUACACACAAACAACACUAUUGUCAACAACAAAAUCAUGAUGAUCAUCAGGGUGAAGAUCUUGCAAAUAAACAAUUAUUAGUUCCUGAAUUAUGUUUUCGACAUUCAUUUCCUGCCUCAGUAUGGCGUAAAGCUGUAUGUAUCCCAAGUAUUUUAUAUCGUUUGGAACACUUAUUAUUAGCUGAAGAAUUACGUCAUCGUAUUGCUUGUGAAACGAAUUUAGGCUGUGCAUAUUUACCAGAAUGUGAUAAAAUCUUGAAAGAUGACUUUAUCAAUUUGUCUUCACAUUACAACAAGAAUGGUGAUGACAAUGAUCCUGAUAAUACUUCCUGUUUAUUUGAUUCAUUAAAUAUUCACCUGCCUAUUACACCAGAUCAUGUUGUCGUAAAUAAUGGAUCGACCAGUAGAUCUAAUACUUAUAAUAAUAAUAAUAAUAAUGAGCAAAAAUCUACAAGAGGGAAUUCGAAAUUUCUGGGUAGUGGCAGUGGCAAAAGUCGUGGUGGUCGGCGAAAACAAAAUUGUCGUAAUAUGAAAAGAGCUAAAAACCACAAUGUUAUCGGUACCAUCAAUAAGGUGAAUGCAAUUGAAAAUGAUCAGUCAGAUACAUGUAAAUUAAACAAGAAAAUGUCUACAAUUGAAUUGAACGAAAACAAUAAAACUGAAUCAUCAUACUAUACAAUGUCUAAUAGUAAUACAUCUACUGAUCAAAUAAACAAUGAACAAAAUAAUGUAAGCAUUUCAAGUGACAAUGAAAAUAAUGAUAUUUGUGAUGAUGAUCAUGGUGACGAUGAUGAAGAUCAUCGCAAUUCUAUCGAUGCUGAAAUCAAAGAAAAUCAUGAUAGCAGUAAUGACAAUCUCGUUGUUGUUAAUGAUGAUGAUGGUGAUAAUGAAUUAUUAUCUGAAAAACCGACUAUUUUAAAACUUCAUGCUACUUCAGCAUCAAUGGUUCAUAACAAUAAACAUCGUCACCCGUCGACAAUGCAUAAAUCUAUGAUAAACAGUACUACCACAGCGUUAUCAUCAUCAUUAUCAUACGAUCAUUUCAGUUUAUCAAAUGGAAAUUUAGAAUCACUGUUACAACAAACGAAGGUUAUUGAGUUAAAUGCAAAUGAUGCUAAUCCGUUAAAUAAUAGUGAGGAUGAAGAUGAACUCAGGGUUGUUGAAAAUUUUAUUAAUAUGGAUAAAGAAUACUUGGACACUGAUUCGGAUACCGAGAGUGUAGACAGUUUUGAAGGGAAUGUUUAUUUCUUUCCACCUGAAGAUGAUAAUGACUAUUAUAAUGGUUUCAGUGAAUUCGAUAUUUCAAGACAAUUAGAUCUAGAAAAACCUUCAAACAACAUUCGUAAACGUGCUUAUCAACCUGGACCUACAACUAUUUUACAGGCUUUGACAAUGUCAUGUUCCAAUGACUUCAUUAAUCUAGAACGUAUGGAAACAAUCGGUGAUAGUUUUUUGAAAUUUGUCGUCACGGUACAUCUCUAUCUUACCUAUCCGGAAGCACAUGAAGGAAAAUUAAGUCAUUUACGUAGUCGAAUUGUUUGUAAUUCCAAUUUAUAUCGUUUAGGUAAAGCUAAAGAUUUACAAAAUCGAAUGAUUGGUUGUAAAUUUGAACCACAUGAAAAUUGGAUACCGCCUGGAUAUUAUGUACGUCAAGAUAAACGUCUUAAUAAUGAAAUAAUUAAAAAAUCUGAAUCUAAUCGUAAUUUAAUAAUUUGGUCAACGGAUACUUUAAUGGAUGAUGAAGUUCUACGAAAUAUUGAUUUUAUUGAUGAAAAUAAAAUUAAACCUAUUGAAAAUUUUCCAAUUUCUGAAUGGGAUCCAAAUGAUCCAAAAGUGUUACAUGCACAACAUUUAAAUAAUCAGUAUUUAAUUGCUAUACAACAAGCUAUACCAGAUAAGUCAAUAGCAGAUUGUGUUGAAGCAUUAAUCGGUUGUUAUUUAACAACUCGUGGAGAACGCUCUGCUCUACGUUUAAUGCAAUGGUUUGGAAUCGAUUGUCUUCAGAAAUCAGAUAAUAGUCAACCAGUUGCUGGAGCUCCAUGGCCUUUACCAAAAUCUAACUAUUUAAAUACCGAUGAAAAUAGAGCAAAUUUAAAUGAAGCACGUUUAGUUUGGAGAUUUGAUGAAUUGGAAUCUGCAUUAAAUUAUACUUUUAAGGAUCCUAGUCUAUUGAUUCAGGCUUUCACACAUCCAUCUUAUCAUCAACUACGUGUUUUAUCAACAUCCAAUGCUCUAUUUGAUCAAUCCAAAUUAAUGUUUCCAACUGAUUUAGAUUGUUAUCAACGUUUAGAAUUUUUAGGUGAUGCUGUAUUAGACUAUGUAAUAACAAGAUUUCUAUAUGAAGAUUCUAAACAACAUUCACCUGGUGUAUUAACUGAUUUAAGAUCAGCUUUAGUAAAUAAUAAUAUAUUUGCUGCAUUAGCUGUACGAAUUGGUUUACAUAAAUAUUUUCGUGCUUCAUCACCACAACUAUUGCAUACAAUCGAUGUAUUUGUACGUUAUCAAAAAGAUGUAGCUAAAGAUGAUUUAGAUUUUAUUACAAAUGAAGAAAUUGAAGUUCGACAACCUGAAUUGGUUGAUACAUUUAUUGAAGAAACUAUAAAUAAUUUAACAAGUUCCAACUUAUCUUCUUCAAAUUCUUACCCCAUUAUGAAAACAUCAAUGACGAUGAAAAAUCAGAAUACACCAUCUGUUACCAACACCAGUAAACAACAUUGUCAAACUCAUGUUCAUGGUGAUGUUACUGAAGAAGCAGGAGGAGUAAAAGAAAAAGACAAUGAUAAUGAUGAUGAUGAAGAAGACGAUUUAGAUAAUGAUGAUGAAGAAGAGAAACAUGCGUCAUUAUUAAAUCACGCUAAAGAAUGUGAAUCCAAAUGGCAAGAGAAAGAUACUCAAGAAUUAACUGGUUUAUUUGUUCAAAAUUCUUGUGAAAAUCAAAACUCAAAACCUCAACACCAAACAUACGAGCAACAUCUGUCGAAAUCAAGUAACAAUAACAAUGCCAACAACACAAUUCCUACCAACACCGGUCACUUGACAACUAAUCGACUAUCAGAUGAUGUAGAAAUUCCUAAAGCAUUAAGUGAUAUAUUUGAAUCUUUAGCUGGUGCAGUAUUUCUUGAUUCGAAUUUCAGUUUGGAUACUGUUUGGCAAAUAUUCUAUCCGAUUAUGAAAGAACGUAUUGAACGAUAUACUGCUUGUAUCCCGAAAUCACCAGUUAGACAAUUAUUAGAACUGGAACCGGAAGGAACGAAAUUCGAGCGGGCUCGACGAAUGGUGGACGGAAGAAUUUCAGUUUGUGCCCAUGUAUUAGGCAAAGGUCGAUUUUAUGGUGUUGGACGAAAUUAUCGAUUGGCCAAAAGCUUAGCUGCUAAACGUGCUUUAAGAGUACUGCGUAGAUUAAAUCAGCCGUCUCAAACCACACCGGUAACUGCUAAUGGAGACUAACAUCAAAAAUCAUGUCCUAUUUAAAUAAGAUGAAACUGUUUCUAGUGAAUAUUUUCUCACGUUAAUGUAUAUUUUAACAUUCCUUGUAUAUGUUUUAUUGAAAUAUCAUUGAAACUGACAAGCUAA